AUGUCGCGCUGUGUGUGGAGCUCGUUGCGAUUCCAUCGCCGAGGAGUGCCAGGAUUUGGCUCCUCACUGCAGCAUUUUUUGCAAUACCCGUUUGCAAUGCGGGUUAACGCAUUCUCAUCCUCGAAGGAUUCCGGGGACGAGCCGCCGUCGCCAACGCCAUCAACCGACGGUAGUAGCUCUGGUGCAAAAAUAACAAAUUCGCCUACAAACAUUUCCUCCAAGAAGUUCGUCCGUCAUACCACUAUUCUGGUGCAGCAGGGUUGCGAUAUCCAGGAGUUGCCGGUAGUCGUGCGGAAAAUAGCCGAAGAUGAGUUUGUGUCAUUUGUAUCUGAUAAAAUUAUUACCUCUCCAUCACCUCCGCGCAGUGCUGGCAAUGAUCAGCAAAUUCCGUUGGAUGGACUCUCGGCGGGCGAACUGCAAGCUUCAUUGCAAUGCGAGACUGAAUUGAUAGAGAAAAUCGAAAAUUGCCACUCCACUAAAGGCGUACUAACCAUACUCGGUGAACGAGAGCAAAAUGUCUCCGGAAACGCUUACGGCUCGAGCGUGGCAAUUCGCGCCCUCGAGAAAAUACUCAAGGUGGAAAGCUUGCUCGAGCUGAAAGAACUCGAAGAAAGUGAACCCUUCGAACGCAUAGUGAACUGUAUCGUGUUUCAGGCGGACUCAAAAUCGAUUCUGGAUUUGUUGGACGAACUGAGAAGCUAUCUGGAACUGCCCAAAACGAUCGACAUGCUGGGAAAUGAGCUCGUGUAUCGGUGCUCGGAAAAUGCCCUCUCAAUCGAAGAAUGCUGUGACGCCAUCGAAGUGCUUACCCAAUGUCGCCGGCCAGAGAUGGUAGAAAAGUUCUGGAGCGGUAUCGCUGACCAGGAGAAGUCCAUCACCGAGCGAAACGUGCAUUUCGUAUUCUCGAUACUGCCCUAUCUCAAGCUCAGCCGCCGGGCGGUACUGACGGUCCUUGAAAGGCGCAUUCCACUGCUUUGGUGGCAAAUGACACCGAACGCAACAAUCGAGGUACUCCAGGCGCUCGUGGCCUGCAAGGUGUCCCCAUAUCGAAUCACGCAAACCCUUGCACGCUGGUUGAACACAAACAUUCAUGCAGUCGCCGAGGACGAGCUGGGAGCAAUUCUGGAGGCGUUCACCAACCUGUCCUACACGGAUGCUCAAAUCGAGCGUGCCAUGGAACGAUACGUCAAGGCAAAGGGCGUGAAGGUGAAUUCCCAGAACCUGAUUGUCACUAUACUGCGGCAUUGUGAGGAAUUUCGACUCCGUAAUACCCACAUUCUGAACGGUUGCAGCGAGUUUUUCAUCGCCAACUUUGGUCAGCUGGAGCCGGCCUACUUGAAGGCGCUGUUUUGCCCAUUCGCCUUUCUCGACUUUGUUCCGACGAAUGUCACCAAGUUCUUCGACACGCUGAACAUGUUUCUUGAUCUGCAUUUUGCGAAAAUUCGCCCCGUCGACACGAUCGACAUCAUGUUUGCGUACGUCUGUCUCGAGCGGUUCCCGCUCAACUUCGUGAAUCGCAUAUUCAAUCCGUACUUUCUCGAUGUGCUACACGCCAAAACGCGCCCAGAACGGUUAGACGUCGUCCGGGGCAAGCUGAAAGUGUUUGAUACCGCCCUUACGCUCGAAUGUACCGAUUACGAUGGGCCGCUGCUUCCACGAGAUCACGCAGCAAAAUCUGUUUUUCACGAUGGACGCAUCAAACGCAUCGUUAAUUACAUAACGACCGAACUAGAAGAGCUUGCCGGUGGCCCCGAGUGUAUGACAAAGUUCUCCUGCCUGCAACACUUGCCGGUAAAUUCGCUCUACUUGGUCGAUGUCAUCUUUCACCCGGCUGGCCUGGGAAACAUCUUCACGAUGAAUACGAUGAAGGAGCGAAAUAUCAAUGUGGCGGUGCUGGUGCACCUGCCGGAAUACUACGACAGCACUGGAAGCUAUCUGAUUGGGCCACAGGUCAUGCGGAUACGGCACUUACGACGGCUCGGUUUGAAGGUGGUUACGUUGCACUUCGAUGUGCUGUACAAACUGAAAAUCCAUCCCCAGGAGCUACGUCGGUACUUAGUCGAGAGGAUGAAGGCGGCUCUGGACGCGUUACCUCCUCCACGUUGAACGACUUCGACCGUCGGUGGCUUAACGUAUACGCCGAGAGCCUGGGAUUGUGAUAUUGUUCCACACAUAAGAUGAAGUGAAAGCAGCUAACCACUGCUAUCGCUGGUAUUAAACUCUUAGCGUGGCAUUUUUCUACCCUACAUUUUUUCGGAGCUAUAGGUCCUAGGCAAAGGCUAUGCUUUUAGUAAUGAUGAAUGUGUACACGAAGAGAGGCG